AUGGUGCGUCUAGUUGACUUUGAUGAUUUGUUAUGGGAACUAAAAACGAGCCUGUUUGACCACAGGGUUACCUACUGUAGUUUCGGUGGGCCGUUGGCUUUAUAUUCUGGAGGUCAUUUUGACUCUGAAGAAAAUGGUAACUUUGUUCAUCUCUACAAUGCGAUGGGUGCGCCACAUCCUGUGACACCACAUAUUAUGUUGGAUGGGAUAGAAGGUGUUUUGUUUAUGUACUGGAAUGAAUGCAAUGACCAUCUUAUAUUAGUUCUGAACACGGGAGAGACAAGAUUCUUCAACCUGAAGGGAGAGCCUGCUGCCGCAUCCAUCAAGGUGCCCGUUCCAUCUUUGUGCGCUGGUGCUGGAAAUGGGGUUGCAUUGCUGAUUAAUGAACCAACAUUUCGUCUUGUCCUACUGGAAUGUAAAGAGGACGGAGAAUAUCGUGCGGCUUCUUUGGAUCUUCCCAGUGUAUUCCAAAAUCAAAAACCAAAUGUGAUGUUGGUUAUUCCUCAGCAAUUUAGCGAUACUGGAUACACAGAAGUAUUCAUUCCAUUUCUCAAUAAUGGAAAAACAUCUAGUUUUUAUCAUUGCGUUUUCCAUGCGAAUUCACGAUGUUAUGAUCUUUGCCUAUCUAUUGAUGGUGGUAGUGUUGCACAUAUGACACUUUCUCCAAGUGCUCAUGCUAUUGCCUUCCUAGUUGAAGAUGGGACACUUUACGUUGCAUCGCGUUCAUUCGAAGACAUAACCCGCUUGCUGAAUAUAGACACUGAUGUUAUGCCUGCCCAGUUUUUAUGGUGUGGGGAUAAGUGUAUUGCCUACUUGCAUUUGUCUCGACAGUUUGAUGAGAGCCUUGAGUUUUCGACAACACUAACUUUAGUCAAUGCCAACGAUCCAAAUCAUUCAGAUUUUUUGAAUGACAUCCCUGACGAUUGUUACUUGGUUUCUGAUUGUGAUGGAAUACGAAUUUUGUCAUCAGAUUCCUAUCAGUUUCUUCAGAUUGUUCCAGAACCAAGCCGUCGUGUUUUUUCUGUGGGAUCCCGUGCAAACUCUGCAAUGUUGUUGCUUGCAUUUGACGAGUUUAUGUGCGGGAACGCGUCAUCUGUUAAGAUGAUUCGUGAUCUGCAAAAGGAUCCUCUAGCUCUUUGUGAGGCGGUAGAUGAUUGUGUUGCAGCUGCAGGUUUUGAGUUCGAUGUUUCACAGCAAAAACGUUUACUGCGAGUGGCUGCAUUUGGUAAGUCAUUUAGCUCAGUGUACGAAUCUGAUGUUUUUGUUAACAUGGCGAGGCGGCUCCGUGUAUUGAAUACAUUACGCAAAAGUAGAACAGGUAUGGUGAUGUCUCAGGUGCAGAUGCUAGCCUUGGAAGGGGAUCGUCUUGCGGAACGACUUGUACAGAUGAAUCACCACCAGUUGGCCUAUUGUAUAUGUGAUACUUUGGGGUAUAGUACAAAGUUCGUCAUGAUGGAUUGGGCUCUGGCAAAGCUAGCCAAACCUUUUGUAUCAGCAAAUGCUGAAAAGGGAAUCACACACAAUGUGGUGGAAAAGUUAAAACAGCUCAAUCAAACAAACUUUGCUGAUAUUGCAUACAAAGCCUAUCUAAAACAGAAACCUCAUGCAGCACUAUUGCUCUUGGAAGCUGAAAAAGUUGCGGCGAAACAAAUACCAAGGUUACUGGACAUCAAACAACCGGAAGUGGCCCUUCGAAAGGCAGUUAAGUGCGGUGAUCCUGAUCUUAUUUUUACUGUUAUGAUGCAUCUAAUAAACGAGAGAGGUGCCAACGCCAUUCCUCUCUUAGCUAGCGACCAAAUUUCACAGGGCAUGCUUCUUGUAUACGUAAUGACAUGUGAAAGUCAUCGUGAAUUGCUUGUGGAGUACUUCAGAACUCAUUCAGAGUACAAUACUUACCUGAAUACUCUGCAUUAUUUAGAUGAGGAGCGACGCUCGAUACAAGCACUUGAUCGAAAAGACAGCAGCUGGAUGAUGCUGCAGGAGAUUAAAAUAGGGGCUAUUCAGUCACUUGUAAUCGCUGCAAAGCGGGAAACUGCAAUAUCUACUGCUAACAGUGGCGCGUUGGGCAGCGCGUUUUCACCUGUGGCGGUUGUCAGUGGGUUUUCAACAAGUUUGUCUCAAUCAAAUGAAAAAUGGCUUCGUUUGCACAUGCAGCUUCUGGAUACACAGACAAAAUUAAUGCAGAAAUAUACUGAUAAGCGUUUCCUUAACGCCAGUGUUGCGAAGACGAUUUCACUUUGCCAUGAACAUGGUCAUAAUGAGGUGGCGGAGCGCAUCAAAAACGAUUUCGGUGUAUCUGACAAGAUGUAUUGCUGGUCUAUGCUAAAAGCAUAUGCCAAGUCGUCUCAGUGGGAUCUUAUUGAUCAAAUAGGUGCUGUGAAAAGCAAGAUGAAGCCUGUCAUUGGAGCUUCAGCUUUCGUCAGAACACUCCUCGCUUGUGGGAGGCAUGAACAGGCUAAAUUGUACGUGCCCAAGGUACCUCGAAUUGAAGAAAGGAUGGAGUUUUAUGUGCAGUGUGGUGAUUGGGCAGGAGCUGGAGCGGAUUGUCGUCGCCAUGGAGAGCCAGAGUUGCUUGCACAGUUGAAGGAGAGGGCAAAGGGUAGCUCUACAGCACUACAACAAAUCGAAGAGGGAUGGAAUUCUGGCCAAGAGUCUGGGGCUGUAAAGUUUGCGAAGUUUUUCACUUGA